CGUUGACCCUACUCUCAACAUGGACGACCGCGAGGACGACGCGUAUCUCUACGAUGACGUCUUUGAAGGUCUCUCAGAGUCUGCCCUCCAAGAAUUGGAGGAGCAUGCAGUCCAAUCAACACAAGCCCAGCGAAGGGCUCAAGAUGGUCCAACAAUGCAGCCAAGUGAGACGGUGCAAAUAGAACCAUGGCGGCAGAAUAUACAUGGCCGUGCUAGUAAUGACAAAGUGAACAUGGAGAGAGACGAGCUUGCAAAAGAACUUCGACGGACGCGAGAUCAAGUCACCACACAGAAGGGAGAAAUAUUGAUUCUUCGUACCAAUUUCGUCAGGGAGAAGAAGAUCCUGGAUCGUCAAAUCGAUGCCCUAAAGAAGUCUCUGACAGAAGAGGCUGGGAAACACAAUGCGGCCAUCAGCGCCAUGGUCGAGAAGAACAAGAAUCUAACCACUCGUUAUCAGUUCCUACAACAAGACCACAACCGAGAAGUCCAGGAAGCUCAGUCUCUGAAGGCGCGUUUGACAGAAAAGCCAGCGGCCGUCAAGGAUGCCAGUGGUACGGCAACUUCUAGACGUGGCAUGGCAAGUUCUCUUGGAGAUGGAUUUGAUGACGACGAUGUCAUGAUGGUCUCCCCUUCCAAAUCUGCUCGUCGGACCAAGCCUACGACUCCCACAGCAGCAAACAAGCGAAAGCGAAAGGCAGAUGUGCCUAGUCCUGUCAAGCCUUUGGCACUGAGGCCAACUGCUGCUGCCCCUCCAAGCGGGCCACCUACAAAAGCUCCAAAGCUGGCAUCAUCUGAAGAGCUUCGUAUCUCCAUGAUCCGGAAGAACAAGCAAUCAACUCGACACUUACAGUUCCUUCAAUCUAUUCUCAAGUAUCGAGUCAAGGGAACAAAGAUCACACUUGUGGAAGCCAUGACCAACUUUUCUUUGCCUUCUGGUUCGAAGACUUUCGCUACCAUUCUCCUUGAGGGUACAGCUAACCUCAAGGGUGAUCGUAUUCCCAGCGACAUGUUGCAACUUUUCAUUGAUCUGUGGUCAAAGUCAAUCAAGGCAGAAUAUUACAAACCCAUCCCACUACUUGUUGAGGUUGCGAGCCGCAUCAUCGACUUUCAUAUAGGAGCGGAGGCAAUAGACUCCGGAAUAAUCAACUCACUUGUACCUCUCAUUCAAUCAACGGUGGCUAUCAACGCCGAAAAACGUGUCGAGCAUUCUCCUGUGAACCACUCGACGUUUGGAAAAUUUCGACAGACCCCCAAGGCUGUUUUGAACGACGAUAUCGACGGAACGGCCUGCCUGGACCUUAUGCUAGCGAUGGCAUACAUAAUCUCGGAUGAGACAGAUCUACUCUCUCUCUUCUGGCGUUUGAUUCAUCCUGCAUUUGUCUUGAUGAUGCUUAAUGCCUGGCAGCCGGUUUCAGACAUCAGGCUCAUGCUUCGAUUGUUGGGGACGAGCAUCUUCUCCGACACGUUCGGCAGUAUCUGUGUCGAUGAUCAGCAGAACCAGAUUGAACAACAUAUCAUCAACCGCAUCUGCUACCUUCUGUGGGAAUCGCCCAAAGUCGACGAAGGCCAGCCAGCAAAUACCCGCGCCUCAAUUUGCCAUUUACGCCUUGACGUUUUGGACCUUCUUCUCCAGGUGACCACCAUCCCUUCGCCAUUUUCACAUGGGAGUUUGCUUGUUGCGGAGCAUCCCAGCGCCAUCGGAAGAAUAGUACGGAGCUUGCACGACGAAUUGUCAGCAAUGUACGACCAGACGCCGUCAUCUGCUCUACACGCUGCGCUUGUCAACAAGGGUGUGCAGUUGCUAUUCCACGUGCUAGAACUACACGGCCCUCAAAUCGACCUGCAGGAGAAGUUGUCCGUCAUCAACGGCGGCGUGCACAAGCAUCGCGUGGCCCUUACGAGAUUGGCAUUUUCGGAAGGUCCUUAUGUUGGUAUGCUCAUCCCCGAUGAUACAGCAGCCAAGGCUACUAGUAUGCUCGCAGAAAGUGUCACGCCGGAUGAGGCUGAUGAGCUCAUUGAGGCUUUUCCUAGUUUCCGGGGUAGAGGACGCGUUGAGGAUGGAGACUAAAUGGGGUCAAAGCAGCUGAAUAUCUGCCUCUUGCGCCUUUUUUGCUUUGAUCCGUCCUCGUUUGCUUUGAUCCGUCCGCUGGGCCUCGACUCUCAGCGACAAAGACCUUGACCAAAGAGCUCAAGCGUGGUACAUGCUGGUCAGGGUCAGACCAGAGGUAGAGCAAGGAAAUCGGGAAUAGUAGAUUGUAGCAUAGACGAGCUGACGAUGGACCGAUCGAUUGACAGAGAUGCUCCCUCUCGAUGAUGAAGAAUCUCUCCUUGAUUGCUCGACGUUGGCCCGAUUGCUCUUGGUUGGGAAGUUGCCAACAGAAUCUGGAUGUUUGCACCUUCCGCCUCUACACGUCCCACUGCCGUUUUCCUUGCUAUAAGACGAAUCACUUCCCUUCAACCUGGACAAUGCUCAUUCAUCAACGCAAAACCCACGGCGCAUCACUAACGCUGUUCUAUACAUUACCUCAGUAUCGAUCUGUCACG